CCCAGCCAAUCCCCUCUGUAGGCCUGUUCAUCUCUCUCAACCUUCACCUAUCAAACUCAGGAGGGGCACCUUCAACAAGGUACUGGGGAUUUUUAGCAGUACAGUAGGAUAAUAUUUAAUAUACCAAGACAAACCCCUCACAUCCAUCAUGUCCCUACUGUCCGCCUGCAGGUUUUCCCCGAAGCUCUUGCAUUCAACGAAGGUAAAGCCGUUAGCUAAAGGAUAUGGCAUCUAAUUGGGGGCGCUGCAUUGUCCCCAUGCCGUAGAUAGUAUGCUAAAACGCUGGCUAGCCCAACCGGCUAUCUAGCCACUUGCCAAUCAGAACCAAACGUGAAGCUAGCAUUUAGCUAGCUAAAUAAUUUAGGCCUUAGCUAGCCCUGAAGUGAUGUCUGUUGUAUUUAGCUAACGUUGGCUAGCUACGACUAAUUUUGUCAGGUAGAUUUGUCAUUGAGUUGAAGCACAAAUAUACAAACAUAAUGAAGUUAUCCAAAUAUAACCAUUUUUUCUGUAGCCUUAAUUUUUCUCUGUAGCUAGCUAACAAGUUAGCUGACUAGUAGCUAGCUAAUUAGCUAGCAUAAGUUAGCAUUCAGCCAAAUCCAAACAUGUUUUGUUAUUAGCUAGCUGGUUUAGCCAAUUAAAUAGGGUCGUUUACUCAAAUGGCGAACUGUUAGUAAUAGUAACAUGUCUAUCCAUUUGUCAUGUUAUUUUCUUUGUAAAUCCGUUUUUGACAUUGUAAACGAGUAACAUUAGCUAACUAACAAAGCUAGCCAGCUAAACUAUGUAAGUAGUUAUGCUAACACUGUUACUAUUAAAUAUUAGUUUUAUCUGUGCUAGUAGCUACUAUUCUGCCAGCUGUGUAGCUUGCGACUUUGCUAGCCUUUGCUCAAAGGCUGGAGCUUCGUACCUAACGUUAGCGAACUAGCUAACGUUAGAUAGCCAGCCCCUUUCUCCAUUUGAGCUUGUGAUGAGAAUUGUCCCAGUUUGUCAAAAAAUAACAUCUAGUUAAUUCAUAUAUUGCCUUGAUAUUGUGCCAUGGACCGGACUCGGAGUAGAUCAGAGACCGGCUAGUUAACGUUAGUUGGUGUAGGCUACUGCAUGUUUCAAGGAAAUACAAAGUUCCCAUUUCUUGCAAUGCAUUUUCCAUUCCCACAAUGUUAAUCUCACAGCUGGAGGCAAGUCACACUGUCUUUGGCUGUAACUCCUCUUGAAAAGGCAUCCCUUGCAUGCAAAGCAAAAGAGGACCAGCCAUGAUUGAUCAGCUGGAACACAGCAGCACAUGGAAUAAUUUGAGUGAGGCUACCAAAUUUUUCAAAUGAUCUUAUGUCUGGAUUAUGUGAAGGCAUUUUUCCAGUUGGCAAAGAUCUACACUGAACAAAAAUAUAAAUGCAACAAUUUCAAAUAUUUUACUGAGUUACAGUUCAUAUAAAGAAAUCAAUCAAUUGAACUAAAUUCAUUAGGCCCUAAUCUAUGGAUUUCACAUGACUGGGAAUACAAAAUAUGCAUCUGUUGGUCACAGAUACCUUUUUUUUAAAGGUAGGGGCGUGGAUCAGAAAGGCAGUCAGGAUCUGAGUGACCACCAUUUGCCUCAUGCGGUGCGACAUCUUCUUCGCAUAGAGUUGAUCAAGCUGUGGCCUGUGGAAUGUUGUCCCACUCAAUGGCUGUGCGAAGUUGCUGGAGAUUGGCGGGAACUGGAACACACUGUCGUACACUGUGAUCCAGAGCAUCCCAAACAUUGCUCAAUGGGUGACAUGUCUGGUGAGUAUGCAGGCAAUGGAAGAACUGGGACAUUUUUAGCUUCCAGGAAUUGUGUACAGAUCCUUGUGACAUGGGGCCGUGCAUUAUCAUGUUGAAACGUGAGGUGAUGGCGGCGGAUGAAUGGCACGACAAUGGGCCUCAGGAUCUCGUUACGGUAUCUCUGUGCAUUCAAAUUGCCAUCAAUAAAAUGCAAUUAAUUGUUGUCCGUAGUUUAUGCCUUCCCAUACAAUAAUCCCGCCGCCACCAUUGGGCACUCCAUUCGCCCACACAACGCAAUACACGCUGUCUGCCAUCUGCCCGGUACAGUUGAAACCGGGAUUCAUCUGUGAAGAGCACACUUCUCCAGCGUGCCAGUGGCCAUCAAAAGUGUGCAUUGGCCCACUGAAGUCUGUUACGACGCCGAACUGCAGUCAGGUCAAGACCCUGGUGAGGACGACGAGCACGCAGAUGAGCUUCCCUGAGACGGUUUCUGACAGUUUGUGCAGAAAUAAUUUGGUUGUGCAAACCCACAGUUUCAUCAGCUGUCCGGGUGGCUGGUCUCAGACGAUCCCACAGGUGAAGAAGCCGGAUGUGGAGGUCCUGGGCUGGCGUGGUUACACGUGGUCUGCGGUAGUGAGGCCAGAUGGACGUACUGCCAAAUUCUAUAAAACGACAUUGGAGGCAGCGUAUGGUAGAGAAAUGAACAUUAAAUGAUCUGGCAACAGCUCUGGUGGACAUUCCUGUAGUCAGCAUGUCAAUUGCACGCUCCCACAAAACUUGAGACAUCUGUGGCAUUGUGUUAUGUGACAAAAUUGGCCUUAGUGGCCUUUUAUUGUCCCCAGCACAAGGUGCACCUGUGUAAUGAUCAUGCUGUUUAAUCAGCCUCUUGAUAUGCCACACCUGUCAGGUGGAUGGAUGGAUUAUCUUGGCAUAGGAGAAAUGCUCACUAACAGGGAUAUAAACAAAUUUAUGCACACAAUUUGAGAGAAAUAAGCUUUUUGUGCAUAUGGAACAUUUCUGGGAUCUUUUAUUUCAGCUCAUGAAACAUGGGACCAACACUUUACAUGUUGCAUUUUAUAUUUUUGUUCAGUGUAUUUCUGUGCAUUCUGAAUUGAGGUCACUACAGUAGGCUGUGUCCUUAUGCCCUUCUUAAAACACUUAGAAAGAACAUGGAUAAUCUUCACUCAGUGCUGUUAACAAUGCUUUAAUUGACUCCUUGCUCAAUCAGUCAUACGUUAGAAUACCUGUAAAUGCAUUGGCAAAGGUAUUUGCUACUGCACAAAUGUCUAUCAUUCACAAUUAUCUGUUUAUUAUACUUUAUCACGGAACUCAAGCUUCAGUCUCUCUUGCAGUGAUGAGGUAGGCUGAUUGCCUCUCUCCUGACAGUCCUUGUGCCUUUCAGAGUGCAGCAUGUCUCAUCGUGUCUUCCAGAAACGCCACUACAUCAACAGUAAGUACUCUGGCUGGACCUCCUUUUUUCAAUUUGAUUUAGGCUACACACAUAUGCUUUUUACUUAGCACUGCUGUGAUGGGGGUCAUUUUGAACUAAUAAUAUCUAUUUUAUAUAGCACUUUUCAGUCGCUUUAAAAACAAAAUCAACAAUUUAACAACAAAUGUAGGCAUCUGGCGGUUCUUGGGCAAUGGUCUUAGAUGAUAGGCAGUUCAGAAAGGUAGUAUCUUGAGAGGAGGAAGCAUAGAUUGUGGUCCUCUGUAGCUCAGCUGGUAGAGCACGGCGCUUGUAACGCCAAGGUAGUGGGUUCGAUCCCCGGGACCACCAAUACACAAAAAUGUAUGCACGCAUGACUGUAAGUCACUUUGGAUAAAAGCGUCUGCUAAAUGGCAUAUUAUUAUUAUUAUAGAUGGUACAGCCAGGCAGGGAGGUAGAGACAUCUGACAGACAGGCUAGGGAGCUCUUCAUCGGGCACCUCGUCCUCUUCGAUAUUAGGCAGGCUGGAUCGUCCGCUACUGAAAUGUAGCACCCACCUGGGUGAUGCUUCGGCGACUGUAAAAGCACCAGUAAGACCACCACACAACACUUGGUCCAGAAAAGCCCCCUACGAAGCAAGCCUAUGCAUCCACUCCCACCGCAGUCCACUUCCCUCUAGGAACUGGGUCAGGGGGCCAAAAAUCAGAUGCUGUUGAUCUGGUGUUGCUGCAUCAUUCAAAUCAUUUUAGCUAGCUAGCUAGCUAGGCAAGCCAAAUAUAAAUUGACUAGCCAUAAUCAGUCCUGCAAACUGGGUGGCCCUAAUUAAAGAGAGCUGUUUUUUGAUUAACGUCGUCUUUCUAAAUGUGAUUUUUAAUUUUUUUUCUCUUGCUGUGCCGUUGUAGAACCUGAGAGAUGUGCUCUUGGAUCUCGUCCCUAAAGAACAGAGUAGGAUUAAGAACUUCAAAACGCAGUAUGGCAAGACCAACAUCGGCUCGAUCACUGUGGAUAUGGUACGUUAAGCUCACCUGUCAUUUGUAAACAUUCUAGUACCCUUUUCAGUCCCAGUUGAAGUGUGAAAUAUGGUAGCUGUGGAUAUUAAGAAUGCCUAAGCAGAAUUUUGUGUGUGUGCCCUUGUCUUUACAGAUCUACGGUGGGAUGAGAGGAAUGAAGGGCCUGGUGUAUGAAACCUCAGUGCUGGAUGCAGAUGAGGUGAGUUGGUCUGUGCAGGGAAAGAGGAUCGAAUGCAAAGUAUCGGGUAGGGGGAUAGAUUGGGCGUUUUGCCCCUUUUCUAUUGCUUGUUGGUAUCUUAAUUAACCUCUUAAGGAUCUGACCUUUUUUUCCAUUUUCGCCUAAAAUGACAUAACCAAAUCUAACUGCCUGUAGCUUAGGACCUGAAGCAAGGAUAUGCAUAUUCUUGAUACCAUUCGAAAGGAAACACUUUGAAGUUUGUGGAAAUGUGAAAUUAAUGUAGGAGAAUAACACAUUAGAUCUGGUAAAAGAUAAUACAAACCAAAAAACAUGCGUUUUCUAUUUUUUUGUUAAAUCAUCUUUGAAAUGCAAGAGAAAGGCCACAAUAUAAUAUUGCAGUAGGCGCAAUAUAGAUUUUGGCCACUAGAUCGCAGCAGUGUGUGUGCAACGUUUCAGAUUGAUCCAGUGAAGCGUUGCAAUACUGGACUAUUUUGUAUAAAGUCUGCCCAAAUGUGCCGAAUUGGUCAAUUGAUACAUUUUCAAGUACAUAACUAUAGAGAACAUACAAAAAUUAUAUGGUAAUACAAAAUGUAAGUUUACACACUCCCAGGAAUGUCAUACAUGAUUGAUCAUUAGCUUAUACACUAACUUUAACACAUCUAGAUGGCCGGGCGGGGUGGGUGUGGAGCCAGAGACAGCAGGGGUUCAAACUGUAGACCCCAGUUCCGACAUUUGAAUAUAAAAAUGGAUUUUAUCAAACAAAACUAUGCUACAUUUUAUCUCUGGGACCCCCAGGAUGACAAAUCAGAGCAAGAUUACUGAAUGUAAGUACAUUAUUUAUCUUGAGAAGUGAAUGUAUCAAACCAGUUGCCGUGAUACGUUUUUUGUUGUUGUGCACUCUCCUUAAACAAUAGCAUUGUAUUUUUUUCACUGUAAUAGCUACUGUAAAUUGGACAGGGCAGUUAGAUUAAGAAGAAUUUAAGCAUUCUGCCAAUAUAAGACAUGUCUAUGUCCUGGAAAGUUUGCUGUUACUUACAACAGUCAUGCUAAUCACAUUAGCGCAUGUUAGCUCGUCGCUCUGGAUAAGAGCGUCUGCUAAAUGACUAAAAUGUGAAUGUAGAUAAUGCAUACGAUUGUUUACAUUUAGCUUAGAUAAUAGAUGAGAUUGUUUACACUUAGUCUAGCUAAUGAAAAAAAGAGAGGCAUGCCCUUUGCUACAUUUUCUUAAGAGAAGUCCUGAGGCUGAGCUGAAGAGAAUUGCUUUGAAACAGAUUGAUUUCAAUGCUUGCUCAGCACUCCCCUGAGAGAGAUGGCAGUAUGCAAAUGGUUUGCAUAGUACUGAAUGAAAUGGAACUAAAUCAAAACCCUCCUGUGUCUGAUGCUUGAAACUAGAGAACUACCUACUUAAAUAGUGAAUUGACAUUGAGAUUCUAAAUGGUUUUCUUUGGGGAGCUUUGUUUUUCAAGUUCCAUCAUAUUCAUCAGCUUAUAUUAGCUGAGAAUAAGAAGGGUGUCAUUUUUCAGCCAGUUCAGCGCCACUUAUGGAGAUUGGCUUGAAAGUCAUAACACUCAUGUGACAUGGGGCCUAUGGGUUAUGUAAUAUCAAUGUGGGUAGUGGGAUCAAAGGUAUUUGAUAAAGACUUAUGGUAGAAUUAUGUAGAUACCUAUUUAUGGCAAUGAUUACGACUAAAUCGUUUUUUGUGGGUCUCUUUAAAAAAUUUUUUUUUUUUAGGGAAUUCGUUUCCGUGGCUACAGUAUUCCGGAGUGCCAGCAACUGUUGCCCAAGGCUCCAGGACGUGCCGAGCCCCUGCCUGAAGGUCUGUUCUGGCUGCUGGUGACAGGCCAGGUGCCCACAGAGGAACAGGUGAGUGUUAGCUAGGUAACGCAUUAUGGAGAGAGAGUAUGGCACAGCAGCUUAGCAGUAGGUCUAGGUAGCAUCUUAAAUGUUGAUACAACAAUCCCUUGUAUAAUGGUACAGAACACAGAUAACAUUAUGUACAUAUUCAAUGAAAAGGGUUGACCCAUAUACCAUAAACCACAACAUAAAGCUUUACAAUUGACGAGAGCUUUUAAUUAUUUUUUAAAAUAUUAAAACAUACAAUCUACCUGCAGUAAAGCUGCUCAACAUUUACAUUACAUUCAGUCAUCUAGCAGACUCCCAUCCAGAUCGACCCACAGGAGCAACCAGGGUCAAGCGCCCGCCCAAGGGCACGUCGACAGAUCUCCCACCAAGUCAAAACGGGGACCAGAUGAUAGCUUUUUAUAUUUUUAUCUGUGGGAGGUUUGCUUCCAUUUUGGUUUAAUGACCGAUGAUAUUUUGCAUAGAAAACUAUAUUCAGUGGCCCCCUUUGUGAUUGUAAGGGCUUAAACCAUCAUGUUUGAUGUGAAUAGUUUUACCAAUUACCCUAUUGCUGAUUCUGUGUAUUGUAUCUGUCCCCAGGUGAACUGGCUGUCCAAGGAGUGGGCCAAGCGUGCAGCUCUUCCCUCCCACGUGGUCACCAUGCUGGAUAACUUCCCCACCAACCUCCACCCCAUGUCUCAGUUCAGUGCCGCCAUCACCGCUCUAAACAGCGAGAGCAGCUUCGCCCGGGCUUACUCCGAGGGAGUCAACAAAGCCAAGUACUGGGAGGUGAGCUCAGGAAAUGAUGUUGAAUGGUGCAUGCUGUUGCUCAGUAGGACAAACUGUUGGGAAAUGUAGCAAAAGGUUUUAUCAACUGAACGCGUCCCAGUUAUAAGACGUAGAGAUGGUGUAAUCUGAUCUAUUGAAAGAGUGCUUUUGUCCGAAUAGACUAUUGACAUAAAUGGUUUCUUCUCUCAGUUUAUCUAUGAAGACUCCAUGGAUCUUAUCGCUAAGCUGCCUUGCGUGGCGGCCAAGAUUUACCGCAAUCUUUACCGCGAGGGAAGCAGCAUCGGCGCCAUUGACUCCAGUCUGGACUGGUCCCACAACUUCACCAACAUGUUGGGCUACAGCGACGCCACGUUCACUGAGCUCAUGCGCCUGUACCUCACCAUUCACAGGUCAGUUUUAUAGAAAAUGCUACUUCAUUCAUAAUUAUGUAGUUUAUCAUCCUUGUUAACUUUUGGGUGUGCAUAUUCAGCUACUGCUCCGUCAUUGCAUCAGUGCAGUUAUGUGGUUGCAUCACUCAUUCAUUCACACACUUCCCCUUUCUCCUUUGCUACAGUGACCAUGAGGGUGGUAACGUGAGUGCCCACACCAGCCACUUGGUGGGCAGUGCCCUAUCUGACCCCUACCUCUCCUUCAGCGCAGCUAUGAACGGUCUGGCCGGACCCCUUCACGGAUUGGCUAACCAGGUGUGUACGGGUGCUAAUGUCCAAGUUAACAUCCAACCUACUACUGCUGAUAAUACUUUGAUUCAAAGCAAUGCUAUCGGAGUUGCUUAGAAAUACCUACUUUUCUGUUAUUUUGAUUGUUAACAUAAUGGCGAGAUGGGAGCAAUACGAAACUAUAAUAACAGCAGUCAUGAUAAUGGCGAAUGAGAGCAGUGAUUUGUCUAGGUUGGAGUGAGCCCCUGCCUGACCUCUGACCUGUGCCCCUUGUAGGAGGUGCUGGUGUGGCUGACAGCACUGCAGAAGGAGAUGGGAGGAGAGGUGUCUGACGAGGCCAUGAGAGACUACAUCUGGAACACCCUCAAGUCUGGAAGGGUGAGUGGACUGGUCUGGAGGGCAGGCCAAGUUGGGUCAAUGGGGGGGAUGAGUCAAUGACAGGAAACCCAAGGGACACUUUUCCAUCUCUACCUAAAAGUUUAGUGAACAGGUGCACAAAACAAAGGACACAUUUACAUUUGAGGAAUAAGCUGCAAAGGGAAUGAUAUGUAACCUUAGAGAGUCAACCUACCUUUUUGACCUUCUGUUUGUGUUCUCUCAGGUGGUUCCAGGCUACGGCCACGCUGUCCUGAGGAAGACAGACCCCAGGUACACCUGCCAGCAGGAAUUUGCCUUCAAGCACUUGCCCGACGACCCCAUGUUCAAGCUGGUGCACCAACUCUACAAGAUUGUGCCCAACGUGCUGCUGGAGCAGGGCAAGGCCAAGAACCCCUGGCCCAACGUGGACGCCCACAGUGGAGUGCUUCUGCAGGUGGGGCAGGAGGAUAGGGCAAACUAUUGCGGUACACUUCCAACUGAUUGGGAGAAAGGCCUCCUCCCUCUCUUGAAGGGAUGUUGAAAAAUGUACAAUGUCAAAUUUGAGCAUCUUUUCGUAGUUUGUUCCAGCCUAGUGAACUGUCAAAGCCAUAUAAAAAGAUUCUAGCCAUUCCUACUCUACUUUAGCUGUCCCCUUUUAGAUAUCACAUACAAUUGGGAGUAUUAUAAUUAGACCUUCCCCUGUGUUGUGAAAUUAACCCUCCAUCCCCUCUCUCUCUCCUGUCCUAACAGUACUACGGCAUGACAGAGAUGAACUACUACACGGUGCUGUUCGGCGUGUCCCGAGCCCUGGGGGUGCUGGCCCAGCUGAUUUGGAGCCGAGCCCUGGGCUUCCCCCUGGAGCGCCCCAAGUCCAUGAGCACGGACGGACUCAUGACCCUGGUGGGGGCCAACAAGUCCGGGUAAAGGUGAAGUAUCAAAGGAAGAGGGGAGGAGGGCAAAGAAGAAC